AUGGCGGUUCCAGGCACCCAAAUCUCCAAGCGGAGAAAGUUCAUCGCCGACGGUGUCUUCUAUGCCGAGCUGAACGAGUUCUUCCAGCGUGAGCUGGCCGAGGAGGGCUACUCGGGCGUCGAGGUCCGCGUCACCCCGACCGUCACCGACAUCAUCAUCCGGGCGACACACACACAGGAGGUCCUCGGCGAGCAGGGCCGCCGCAUCCGCGAGCUCACCUCGCUCAUCCAGAAGCGGUUCAAGUUCCCCGAGAACUCGGUCUCCCUCUACGCCGCCAAAGUCCAGAACCGCGGCCUGUCCGCCGUCGCCCAGUGCGAGUCGCUCCGCUACAAGCUGCUCAACGGCCUGGCCGUCCGCCGCGCCUGCUACGGUGUCCUCCGCUUCAUCAUGGAGAGCGGCGCCAAGGGCUGUGAGGUCGUCGUCUCGGGCAAGCUCCGCGCCGCCCGUGCCAAGAGCAUGAAGUUCACCGACGGAUUCAUGAUCCACAGCGGCCAGCCGGCCAAGGACUUCAUCGACAGUGCCACCCGCCACGUGCUGCUCCGCCAGGGCGUGCUCGGCAUCAAGGUCAAGAUCAUGCGCGGCAGCGACCCCGAGGGCAAGGCCGGCCCCCAGAAGUCCCUCCCCGACGCCGUCACCAUCAUCGAGCCCAAGGAGGAGGCCCCCGUCCUGCAGCCGAGCAGCCAGGACUACGGCGCUAAGGCCGCCCAGGCCCAGGCCCAGGCUGAGGCCCAGCGCCAGGACGAGGAGGGCGCCGAGGAGGCCCCGGCGCCUGCGGAGCAAUAG